UAAACCGAACGGACCCAUCCUAAUUUCCGUCAUCGAAAUCGGUCGAUCCGUGACCCUUGAUUUCCCUGCUUCAAGAUCCUUCCGUCCUUCGCUCCUUCGGCUCUCUCUGCCUCUCCAUCUUUCGCCUCUCUCUCACGUUGCUCGCCCGUCGUUGCCGGUGACUGGUCCGAGCACGGCGAUCUUAUCCUCCUCUCGUCGGCCGACGGCGUUGCUAAAACCAAGUUUUGCCUGUUGGAAUCUCUAUAAGCUAGAAGUAGCCUACUUCAGAUCCCUGUUGGCUGAUACAACAUGCCUCAGUGUUUGCUUUCUCAUAAAAAAUAUAGUUAUAGUCAUCAUGACCAGAAGGGUCCUUCUCAAGCUAUUGAUGUUCAUGAUAUAGUCAUCAAGAAGAGCAAAACACGGGUUAUCGUAUCUUAUGUGGGCAUCCUCAUAUAUCUUGCUACUGCCUUUUACUCAUUACUGGUGAAGGAAGAACUAUCUACCAGCUCUUUUUGGAGUAUUUUGGUUGGUGUUCUCUUUGACAGAUGUUUACAGUACAAGCCUGUUAAAAAAGAGUCUGUGGUGAUUAUGCCUACAUUUGGAGUGCAACUCGAAACUCAUUGUUGGAGUGGGAGAGUCAUCCACCGGUUUGUCCCCAUUGGGAAGAUUCUGAGACCAGUAUUAAAUGAAUGUGUGACCCCUGUGACUUGCUACUGGAGUUUGGCUUUGAUGCUUCACGGCAAAGAGAAACUUGUGCUAGUUUUCCAGGAAUUGCAACCACCUGUGAAAAUGUUGGUUCCAGUGUGGAAGGCCUUGUGUGCUGCGACCAAUGGCAAAGAAAUAAGCAGUUCUUGAGCCAGGCAUCUGAUGUUUGACACACUGAGUUGGAGAAGAAAUAAAAUUCAAAGCAACACUUUUCUCCUGUGGCUAUACUGUGAAGUUGGUGCAUAAAGGGUUCAUAUAUCUGAUUUUUAGUUCAAUCAUCAAUGCAAUAUCCCGUGCAAUGCAAUCAUAAACACACGCAUGUUUCAGAACGGUUGUUGCAUAUGCCAAGAACCUGCAUUGAAUCUCAAACCAUCUAUGCUGUAAAGCUGCUUGCCAUAAUAUGGAGCCACAAGACUGCUUCAUAGCCAUCUCCCUUUUCUUCGGGCACGAAAAAGGGAAUGACAUAAAGGGAGUGGCAAAGGAAGUCUUUAGAGCUACUACCCAAAAAAAAAAAAGGUGGAAGUCUUUAGAGGCUUUAUAUAUCUUGAUGCUUAUUGAUGUUUGUAAGAUGUUAUGAACUUUGUCAUGGUGAACAAAUUUAAUAAAUCUUUUACAAACGUCAAAUAGAGAGAAGAUUUGUUUUUUUUAAA